CAAAAACAUUCUAGCUGACGGAUCUCUAUUUUUAUUGAGUUGCAAUUUCACUUAUUGGUUUGGAGAUUUCAUCUCCUUCUUGUUUGAACUAUGCCACCUCCAUCAGAUACACGGAGAGUGAUAGGGCCGGAGGAGAGCUUUCCUUUCGUUCCUGAGUCUGACCUUGCGGCCGUCCGAGCUGCGAGUGUUCUGGGUGAGAAUUCAUCACGCCACGACGGAAGAGCUCUGGACGCAGUCCGUCCCAUGUUCCUGCAGUGUGGAACAGUAGCACAGGCCAGCGGCUCUGCAUACUUGGAGCUGGGCAGUACAAAACUGCUCUGUUCUGUGCACGGCCCUCGCGAUACUGUGCGCCGUCGAGAUUUUCAGCUCACCGGCCAGGUAAAUGCCGAGGUGAAGUUCACGCCAUCCGCGUCACGCCGGCGGCGCGGGCACCAAAGCGACGGCGAGGAGAACGACAUGUCCCGCGCUCUGACGAAGGCCAUGGAGGCAGCAGUGAUACUGGAGAGGUUCCCCAAGGCCAAAGUGGAUAUCCACGUCAUGGUGGUGGAAGAUGGCGGCGGAGUACUGGCAGCAGCCAUGACGGCUGCGUCACUAGCGCUGGCUGACGCGUCCAUCGAUAUGAUCGAUAUGGUGGCGGCAGUGUCAGUGGGCUUUGACGCGCACGUCUGCAUCGUGGACCCACGCAAGGAGGAGGAGGAGGCUAUCGCCGCGGACAACACGCAAUGGUCGGCAAUGACCCUUGCUAUUAUGCCAACCAGCGGGGAGGUGGUGGCACUAGAGCAGACCGGGCAGACGCACACGGAUCGGUGUAUAGACGCGGUGAAGGCGGCCAGCGAGGCUUGCAUGCGAGUCCACCAAGUACAACGGAACACACUAUCGUGUGCCGUGCGUAAGACUAGCAACUAGCCGUCGCCUCCUCGUCGUGUUGUUUCAUAAUCAGUUUUAGUUCAGACGGCACGCAGCUGGCUCUGGUGCCUCUUCUCAGACACACUAGUGCAAUGCACUUGCAUGAUGUGUGCACACACACACACGUGUACAUACCCCCCCCCCCCCCCUCUCUCACACACACAUGCGCAUGCAUGCACACACACGCACACACAUAUCCAGGUGUUGUUGUUUGUUUAGUCGAAGGUAUAACGUUAUAAUAUUAAUAGUACUUGUACAUAGAACCCCGCCACUUUCACAUAGGUACAUAGAACCCCGCUACGUGUACAUAGAACCCCUUCACUUGUACAUACCAGGUACAUAGAACCCCUUCACUUGUACAUAGAAUCCCGCUAUGUUGAUGUGUACAUAGACAAUCAUGCAAGUACUGUACCAGUACAUGUAAUACCCACUUGACCUUGUGUUAACUCA